GAUUUUAUUUUACUUUGAAUAUAGCAAUGAUUGAAGAACGUCGCAUGAAGUUGGAGGAGGAGAUAGAGCAUAUGAUGAAUCAAGUCCAUGAUUUCAGAGGAGAUGAAGAGGAAGAGGAUGGUGACGCAAGUAUGGGGGAGGAGGACAAAGGGAGUGAUGAGGAUGGUGAUAGUGAUGGGGAGGGGGGACAUAGAGAUGAUAAAGAGAAUAGAGAUAGAAUGAAAAGUGAGAUUGAUGAGGACUUUUUGACUGAGAGAGAGUUGAGAGAUAGAGAGAGGGAGCAGAGAGACCGGGAUAGAAGGCUGAAAGAUAUGAGGAGGGAAGAAAGGGGAAGAAAGAGAGAGGACAGGGGUGAUAGGAGGCCGGAUGAGAGUAUGGAUAGGGGUAAAGUAGGUAUGGAUAGGAGUAAAGAGAGGGAGAAAGACAAGAGCCAUGCAAAACAUCGAGAUAGGACUCGUUCUCAAUCUGGAAGUCGAGAUCACAGCAGAGAUAGACAUAGGUCGGGCAAAAGUAGAUCAGAGAAAAAAAGUAGACAUCAUAGUGAAAGUGAGAGACACUCAUCUAAACCUAAACGAAGGUCUAAAGGUGAAGGUAAAAAUGAGAAAAAAGAGAAAGUAUGGGAACCAAUGGAAGAUGAAGAAGAGGAAGAAUUUGUUGGAAGCAAAGAUAGUGGUGAGAAAGAUUUAAACAUUCAAAGUAAAAUGUUAGACUUGGCAGGCAUGGGGGAUAUUAUUAAGGAGGGAGACAGUAAGGAUGAAAGUGAUGCAAGAGAGUUUGAUAAAACCAGUUAUUUAGAGAGUCAUGGUAUACAGGUGGCAAAUAAUGAUAUGCCUGCUGAACAGAAUGUAAUACCUGAAACUGAAAAUACAGAAAGUGACAAUUUUCAGGAAAUGUUAGGAAAUGCAAACACGGAUCAUGCUUCCGAGUCUAAUGCAACAUAACUUUCUAUUUUGAUUUAUUUUAACAUACUGAAUUUUUCUUAACUGCAUGCAAUCCUUUAAAUGUAAAAUUUUUCAUAUGUACAUGCCUGUUUGAACUAUUCUUACUGUUUACUCAUCAUAAUAAAGUUACAAAACUUA